AUGCCCCCUGAGAGGACUUCGACGAUGGAAUCCGAAGCGACCAUUGCCCCCAGAUUCACGGAUGGUGCGUCGGACGAAUUUGAGUUUGGGGGACCGUUGGGUGCUGCGGCGUUGAUGAUCGGAUUCCCUCUCCUGAUGUGGUACAUGUGGAUUGGCGCAAUAUACUACGAUGGCAAACUUCCUCUUCCCUCGGCCGACCAGACCUGGACUGAUUUCGGCCUUCUCCUAUGCAACCUUGUUUACGAGGGGGCAUAUCCGACCGCGAAAGCAUGGGCAAUCUAUUGGACAUACUUCAUUGCGGAAGCAUUCAUGUAUUGCUACUUGCCUGGCGUUUCUAACUCCGGCCGCCCAUUGAAGCAUGCAGGUGGUAAAAGACUUCCCUACUACUGCUCGGCGUACUGUAGCUUUUAUGCGACGCUGGCCAUCGCUGUCGUCUUGCAUGUUACACAUGUAUUCCCCUUAUACACUAUUAUCGAGGAAUUCGGGUCUAUUAUGAGCGUCGCCAUUCUGUCCGGCUUCUUAAAUAGCUUCGUUGUCUACAUCCAGGCUAUCGUGCGUGGACGGACGCACAGAUUGUCGGGCUCCCUCAUCUAUGAUUUCUUCGUGGGCGCUGAGCUGAAUCCUCGCAUCGGCAUCCUGGACUUUAAGAUGUUCUACGAGGUCAGAAUCCCGUGGUUCACCAUGUUGCUGAUCUCCUGCUCUGUUGCGACGCUCCAAUACGAAAAAUAUGGCUACGUCUCGAAGGAGGUUUUCUUCUUGAUUGGGGCGCAUUACCUGUACGCCAAUGCUUGUGCCAAAGCCGAGCAGAUGAUCAUCACCAGCUGGGACAUGUACUUUGAAAAGCUGGGAUUCUUAUUGACUUUCUGGAACAUGGCCGGCGUGCCCUUCACUUAUUGCCAUUGCGCCAUUUACCUCGCAAAGCAUCACCCAUCCGAAUACCACUGGAACCCUUAUGCCCUUUCUAUCCUUGCCGUGGCUUACCUCUUCUUCUACUGGGUGUGGGACAGUGCCAAUGGCCAGAAGAACGCAUUUCGCCACGCAGAAAAGGGCCAACUUGUCAAGCGGAACACAUUCCCUCAGGUACCGUGGCAGGCUAUCGACAACCCGAAAGUGAUUCAAACCGACACGGGCGAUAACAUCUUGGUUGAUGGCUGGUUUGCAUUGGCCAGGAAGCCGAAUUAUCUUGCUGACAUGUUUUUCGCCAUGUCAUGGGGUCUUAUCACCGGUUUCAAAAGUCCGUUUCCCUGGUUUUACUUUGUUUUUUUCAUGGUCAUGAUCACCCACCGCACUAUUAGGGAUACCAACAGAUGUCGAAGGAAAUAUGGCGAGGCCUGGAGGCGCUAUGAGAGAGAAGUCCCCUACCUCUUCAUUCCCUACGUGUUUUAA